AGUGUGGAUGUUUAACUUCCUCUGCCUCUCGAUAUAUGUGAUGGUAGGGCGGCAAUAACUAGGUGAAAGUUGCAUUAAAGCCACGGUAAAGAGGCAGUUGGUGAUAUGCUCGGGAUUUUCCCAGGCUGAAGUACAGCCCUGCUGCUGGCGGAAUACAAGCGUUGACAAUGGUGCUUAAACAGUGCCAUUCACGACUAAAACUUGGUGUUAACCACCCAGAAAAGUGGUAUGACCUUUCUUUUAUUCACGACAGAGUUUCCUGUGUUGUGACAGCGACCAUUUCCUCAAACAUGUCUAGUUUGACAUCUGUCAACACAUCACCGUGUGUCCGGUGUAUCGUCGCUCCACCGUUUAGGAACUUUGAGAAGCCGCUAUGGAGGGGGGCACGAGCUGGACGGAAGACUAUGCACCUGUCUGCAGUGACACAGAUGUCUACAAGAGAUCUGAGUACUUCCAUCAAAUCCUUCCAGGAUUUGAAAACGGAUUUACCAAAGUCUGAAGGUGGGAAGCUGCUUUUUGAUACCCAUGCAGUGGUCCAACUCUUUGAGAGAAAUGGCUUUACGACUGAGCAAGCUGAGGUGAUGGUUAAAGUAAUGGUGAGGAUGACAAACUCCAAUAUGGAUGUCAUUUAUGGUGCCAUGGUAACCAAAGUGCAGCAGGAAAUCAUGUUACAGCGUGUGAUGUCUCAGAUAGCAUCUGUAAAGAAGGACAUGAUAAUCCUUGAGAAGAGUGAGUUCUCUACUUUACUGGCAGAAAGUGAGAAACUCAAGAACCAGUUAUUGCACUUCAAGAUCCAACUGGCUGAUGCCAUGAAUAAAGUGCGCUCGGACACUGUUAUGGACAUGAAUUUGGAGAAAAGUCGUGCAAAAGAAUUGAAAGUAGAGCAUGAUAAGAUGCUUCUAGAAACGCGCACUGAGAUCAUGGAAAUGACUGCAGAGCAAGAUCGUCAUUUAACUCAGACCCACAUGAAAAUAGACACUGAAGUGGCUGGUUUGAAGACCAUGUUAGAGUCUCAUAAACUGGAUACUAUAAAAUACCUUGCAGGUUCAGUGUUCACCUGUCUCACUGUGGUCUUGGGUUUCUAUCGUAUUUGGAUGUAAGCAGGAUCAUGAAUAUGAUUUUUAUAUAACAUCUGGUGAUGCUUGACCUUCAAGAUAUCCUGUGAAUCUGACAACAACUCAGAGAAAAAGUUUCUUUCAUGUUGGAAAAACUAUCAUAUAAUCAUUCAAUCAAUGCAAUCUUUUCUUAGAAGUAGGAGUUAUAGUCAACAGAUCACUAGUCGAAGUUUUUUAAAUGAUGAAAUUAGAACUAAUAAAUUAUCUAUACUGUUUGACCUCUUAUUCACAUAAUCUUAUUUGAAACUGAAGGAACAUUUUUUUAAAUGUUAUGUAUUUAUUUUGAAUAUGUAUAUCGAGCUAUAUAUAUUGAAGAGAAGCUCAGAGGAAGGAGGGGUCGGUAUUUAACUUGUAUCUAACUUGUAUCUAACUUGUAUCUGCUUUGUGGUUUCAAACAUGAUUGAUUAACUUAUGUUAUUUCAAUUAAAUGAAUUGUCAAUAAAUGUAAAAAUUGUG